AUGUCGAACGCGCUGGACGGACGUUCGUGGGGAGCUAGUAGCAGUGCCAAGCUCGUCUCGCACAAGGCAUCACGAUACGCGGGAAUGGAGAGCUCCAGUCCUUUCGAACACACGCUUCGACCGUUUGAGCAAACUUACAGGAUGCCUUCGAUGACGGCAGCACAACCACGUCCGACGGGACCUCCGGACGAGACCAUUCGGCCGAGACUCGAGUCCCGGCAGUCUCGACAAGCAGCGCACGAACUCGAACCGUGUCUCAAAAACCACCACCCGCCACGCAAGACGCGACAGCCGGUCGAAGAGCAGCAGGAAGCACGGAACAACUCGCCUAUGGAGCAGCUGUCGCCACGGCCUCAGAAGUCACAAUUUCGACACCCCCAACGAUGUUCCCAGGUUCCUGUUCGAUCGUCGCCGCCGGUUCACGACCGACCGCACGUCCUAACGCGCCAACCAUCCGGAUCUGCUGUAGUUCGAUCCCCACCAUCGAUCCCAUUGAACCACAGGAUGGAGGCGUUCAGAAGUUCCUCGAAUCCGUAUUCGAGACAAGUUCAGGAAAGUCGACCCCCACAGUCGCGUCCGAGACCCCGUCCGGAUUACCAGGAGGCACUACGACCGACUGGUUUUCAGAACGGUUCCAAGCCGGUUGGACCCGUUUUGAACCAUCGAGGAGGCAGUAGCACAAAAGCUCAAAAGUCUCCUCAUGUGCCAGUGGAAUCUUCAGCGCCUCCAGCUGUUCAAGGCUUUCGUCACGAAACUCGAGCUCCCACAGGGAGUUCAAGUAGCAGCAGCAGUGAAAACUUUGUUGAGCUCUCGCCAAGUCGUCGUCGGGAGAUCAUCUCGCGGGUGAAUGAAUCUGUGCAAAGUGUGAUGGCGUCGAUGCUAUCGGAUACCGUCAACAAGGCGCAGUGGAAGUUCAAGCUCCAUAAGAAGGACAUUUCGUACUACACGGACGAGACGUGUGUCAAGCCUGGACAAAAACGCUUUUGCUGCGUGAGCCACACGCACGCACCAGUGGAAGAGCUGAUGAAGCUUUUUGUCGUGACGGAUACGGACACCAUGGCUCGGAAUAACCGCGUGGUGUCGGACGCUUUGCUUGAGACUCGAGUGCUGUCAGUCCUGCGUCGACCGACGCCGCAGCGGCCGAUGAAUUCCAUGUUCAUCACCUACUCGAGUUAUCACACGCCGGGGUUGAUGAUGGAUCGAGAGAUCUGCGUCGCUGUUGGCACGGAUAUGAUCCGUCAGUCCGAUGGAUCCGUUGUUGGAUACUGUCUCUGGGAUACCGUGGACGGCCCGGAGUUUGCUGAAGCGACCAACAAAUUCGAGACGUCAAUCAUGUUUCGCACAGGCUUUUUCUUCCGACGUGCAGGACCUCGACACUCGUCAAGUGGCGAAUUGUGUCAAGAGUUUACCAAGAUUGUGUACCUGGUCGGGUUCGAGCCUGGAGGUUGGGUGCCAGGCAUCACAGCUCGACUUUUAAUGGAGAAGUUUGGCAUGAAUGUCAUCCGUCUGUGCGCUUACUUUCGUCGCAAACAACUGGACUCGCGCACGUUUGUGCUGAAGGCUGAGUGGCCGUCGAAGAUGUCGGUCAAGAGCUGCAAACACUGCAAGAAAGAGUUCCAAGUGCUGUCGAAGCGCACGAAUUGCCACGCGUGUGGCCACGUUGUCUGCAAAGCUUGUGUGUCAAAGGAGCUCGUGGAUUUGCAUGCUGUCGGACUCGUUCCGAUGCACAUCUGCUACUCUUGUCUCGAGAAAAACGGUCUCCCACCUCCAAUGUCGUCGCAGAAACCGUGGACAAGUUAUGGGCGAAGGCGUUUACAGUCGGACACUUCAGCCAUCACUCGAGUUGCAACGCAGCAGACGCCAUCACGUUCGCAGCCUAACUAUCAGCAGUCAACGUCGGUUGUUGACUGCGAUUUGGUUGGAGGAGAAGAGGACGAUUCAGAUACAGACACGGAUACUGGAGAGUGGGCGUUCACGCUUUCAGGCGUCCCGAUUCGACCAUAUCGAAUGGCAUCAUGA